AAAGCGGACGCGUAAGAGGAUUGCUCAUUGAGGAGCACACUUUGCUCUCGGGAGUCGCCAUACGUCAAUAAAUCCGGAAACUGAUUGAGUAAUUUGUGUUGCAGACUCCAGAAAUUAGUCUGCAUCACAUUUGCCACUCAUUUUUGCUGAAAAGAGGAAGAGGGAGAGAGAGAAAAAGUUGUAGUAUAAAACGUGAUGUUUUGUGCAGAGACUGGAGAUUGUGUGACACGGAAACACGAGCGAGUUUACAAAUUCCAUUUGCGAGUUUGUGUUCAUUGAAAGAGCCAUGGAUAAUUUUCAAUAAACUGAAAAUUCAAUUAACAACUCUGUAAUCAAGUCCCCCAAAUUAAUUUAAUUGCAUACACUUUUUAUGCACAACACGCUCAACUGUCCAUCUCACACCCGAAAGCAAGCCUAUUUGGUAAAUGAAUGAGUGUAUACAAAAAAAAUAGUGUGGAUUGCGUGAAACGCGGAAAAUAUAUCACAAUUUUGCGCCAGAGUGUGGCUCAUGUUCUUUGAAGAGUGUCCCUCGGGUGGAAUUCAUUAUAGUGCAAAAGAGUGACCGAAAAUUGCCAUCAGUGAAAAUUGUAUUGGUUUGUGCAAUACAGAUCAAUUAAUUUGUAUUCACGUGGUAAACAUUGGGCGGAACAAGUGCACCCAAUUAGGUCUACAAUUUUAUUAUUUGGAGAGCCUGCGAGACGCGGAAAUAUCCAGAGGCGCCAUCUCGGCAAACAUCCCAGAUUGACCCUGAGGCAGACCUAUGGAGUUGGGGUGAAUCGUGAAAAUGUCUGUGAUUUGCUGGUGAUUUUGAGUGAGUGCGAAAUAUAUAUCGAGAGUGGACACUUGAUGACUGCCGAGAAAUGUGUCUUGAUUUCGUGCUGAGGAUCAGGCACAGAGUUGAGCUCACGGUCAUAAUCCGGGUUAUUUAUGGGUCACACUAGAGUUGGACAAUUGUGUCGAUACAAAAGUGUGUGAGGCGCCUAAUAAAUUAUACCCCAACAGAGCUCGGCAAUUGAGAGAGACACAAUCAGAGCGGUGCAUUUCGGCAGACGACAAUUCAGCGACACAAUUGCCAAAUUUAUCAUGAUGGAGUGGAUAAUCUCAGCGAGACUGUGGCCCAAGACGUUCUUCUGGUUCGCCACACUCUUGCUCCUUCUCCGGGACAUUAGCAGAGCUGUCUGCCUCAAGAACGUGAAGAUCACCGUUCCCGAAGCCGUUGCAGUGGGUGACACCGUGACCUUGUCGUGCCACUACGACCUCGAGGCCGAUGCACUCUACUUAAUUCGAUGGUAUCUUGACUCCGAGGAGUUCUACCGCUACGUCCCGAAAGAAGAGCCCCCGGCGCGUGUCUUCGAGAUUUCCGGCAUCUCCGUGAAUAUUAACAAGUCCAAUGCCAAUCUCGUGACACUGAGGAGCGUGACGAGGAACCAGACGGGCACGUACCAGUGCGAAGUGUCGGCAGAUGCGCCCUCCUUUCACACCGAAACUGCCCAGGCCACGAUGCUGGUGGCCGUGUUGCCGGAAGCCCAGCCCUCGAUGACGGUGAAUGGAUUGCGUGUGCUCAACAACAAGAUCCUGGUGCGGAUGGAUGAGAGCCUGAAGAUGAUUUGCACGUCCAGUCCAUCAUAUCCGCCUGUCAAUUUCACAUGGAGCAUCAAUGGCAUUCCCCAUUCGUCCACUCACACGGGCUUCCACAGCGUCAACGGUGGUCAAUCGUGGGAGACACGCGAAGCCUGGUCAGAACUAGUCAUUCACAUCAACUACAACCUCGUGUCGCCCUACACUAGACGCCUAAUCGUGCGCUGCGAAACCAACAUCUACACACUAUAUCGCGGUGCAGCUGUCGUGGAGCUGGACUUGAUGGAGGAUAAUCCGUGGUCUUUCGGCGAGAAAGUUAGUCCCACGAUGGAUCAACGGAGCGGAAGUGGCAAGGGCGGUGAUCCGGACAACUCGGCACUCACCGGAAGUGCCAUCCUCCUAGGUGGCUGUUACAAGUGUUUUAUAUUCAGGACAGUUGUUUGUUUUCUGGUGGUUGUGUUAAUGUUUUCAUAAAUCUUCACCCCCCAAAAAACCCACCAAGUCCUUCUCAUCCACAUCCUGCAGCAUUUUGGCGGAAAUUUCAUUUUUCACCAUACACAUAUACAGAAUGGAAGCUCUCCCAGAUGAGUCUUCUCGUAUAUGGCUGAGUGAAAAAAAUACCAGGGAAUAAUUUAUUUUACAUUUUAGAAAUAGAGGGCAGAAAGAGAAAAUUUUACAGGGCGCACCCACAAAAUGUCGCAUUCACGAUAUAUUAUUGAGAAAAGAUGUGAAAGAGUGUUUAAAGUGUGCGACUCACUUUACAUCCCAGAUCUGUAGGGAAACACAGAGUGCUGAAGUUGAGAAAAAAAGCUCUCAGAGAUAGGAAAAUUCGUUAUGCAAAACCUAAUGAGAUUGUAAAACAAUUAAGCCGCUUUAAGAGAGGUUAUUUAGUGAGGAAAAGAUAUUCAAUGAUAACACAGAGAAGAAAAUGUACAGUAGUGACACACAUAAGAGGCAUAAAACAAUUAACAAAACUCCGAUAUUGACAUUCCCCAUGUAAAUAGGACAGUAUACAUAAAGUAUAAGCAAAUGAUAAAAGACUUAAGUGUGUAUGUAUAGGCGAAGGGUGGAUGGAUAUUAUGAAGAAAUGUAGAGGAAAAUCGUGACACAAUAAAUUUUGAAAAAUUA